CAACGACCGGAACUUGAACCAUCAAUAUCCCACCGCCACUGAGAAGAUGGAGACGGAGUCGUUGCCGGAGAAGCUCAGUGCCUUCAGGAAGAAGAUGGAGCGGCUUAGAUUGGACAAGGAGAAUACGGAGAAGUUGUUGAAAGAGAGGGAUGCUGUGUUGCUUUUACAAAUGAAGGAGAUCCAAGAGAGAGACCAGACUCAGAGACACCUGGAGGUCCAAGUUGAUAGGCUCUUCAGACUCAAAGAGCUCAAAUCCUAUUGCAUGAGGAUAUCUCCAUUAAAAUCACUUAGGGAAAAACAACGGGGUGGUUGGAACAAUAACGAGAUUCAUUCGCUGGAAAUUAGAGAUGAUGAAAACCCAUGGCAGAGUUCAACCCCAUCCAAUGCUUCUCAAAUUGUUAGAGAAAAUAAGGAUUAA